AUGCAGCAGACGCCAAAUCUCCAACACUCCUCUAUCGCUACCGGCUCACUCCUUCCGCAGGAUGAUGACACCCAGCUUUGCCUGUCUCUCAUCAACGCUCCAACUUCAACGGGAAACCUCGUUCUUCCAGGCGCCAGUGCGGACAGUACUGAGGUACUCGUCGAGAAGCUGAAGCAUAACUUCCUGCACAACAACGCGUUCUUCGCAGGGAAGGUCUUCCAUAACCAUGCAAUGGAUCAUAUCCUUGCUGUGUACGCGCUGGGUGGCUCUCCUGAGGCCAUCGAAGAGACGUACAUAUCGCACAACUACAACGACGCUGUCAAGCAGAGCCCGAACCGCAUCACCGACGACAACUUCUUUGAGCACCUAGGCGACACUGAUUACUUCUACGCCUACACAGUCUACUUUUGCAAAGUGCUCGAGACCUCUUCGCCUACGGAAGUGCUCGUCAAAUACGUCUUCUCUCCUCCGUACAACUUCAACGCCAACCUGGGUCACAAUCAUCAGCAGCCGGCAAUGCUUGAUCGCUUCCUCGCUGGCAUUGUGCACCCUUUGAUUCACCUUGGCUAUGGUGUUGAGUACGGCAUUGUCCAGCAGAUCGCAGAUGGACUCGCGCACACGGCGAUCCACCCCGCAGAUCAAGUUUCGCUCUUGCCAGCCGAGUUUUUCGCUCAUGCCGAUCCAUUCCUUCGUGGGCUGUCCUCGGAAGCGCGUCGGAAAUCACAACCUCCUUUCCUUUCCUUCGUGGCGCAACUUCUGUCGGACUCGCGGCUGACGCCUGCGGCGCUGAAGCUACCUCACGAGAAGUACCCCCAGCAGGAGGCGUACAUGACUGCCCUCGAAUCUGGAGCAGGCACCGUGGUCAAGGAGCUGACGGACAUCUGGUAUGAUACUUGGAUUACCGGUGUCGACGAGGCAGAAAUGGAAGAGCGCGUCGAAGGGAUGGCUGAGGAUAUACUUGUCAUGUGUGCCCUGUUGGUCUUCAAUGCGGACUUCUUUACGAUGCACUUCGUAACGUCGGCCAACUUCAUUCCCAGCCUUUGCCUUCGCCCCGAGCGUACCCGCGCACAGGCGCUCAACCCACCGCUUCCACUCCAUUCACGACUCCUUCUCCUCCGCGCGUACCUCUCCAGCCUCGCGGUCUGGUUUGUUGCGCGCCCUCGUCCAACGCACGCCUCAUUCACGGCCGCAAUCCCUGCCCUGUACGAGGCUACGGACUCCCUUCUCUCACCGCCUCCGCCACCGCACGCAUAUGCGCCCGGUGCACCGCCUAAGCGGGAGUUUAUCGACCCGUCCAAGCAAAAGACGAUGCCGGCGGGUUCGCGUGCGUGGCCACGCCUCUUCACGAGCGCUGCAUCGCACCCCAACGAGCACCUGCCAAAGCUCGUGCGCGCUCUCGGUGCUGCGGAUACGUGGUAUGGCCAACGCCCGCGUGGAGCUUAUGGCGGUGCACUUGUAGGAUCUGAGAAGCUUGAUGGGACGUUGUUCCUGCGGUGCGCGUUGCUUUCGAUGGAGCGGUUGGGAUGGGCUGCAGAGGACGGACCGAAGGCACUGUGGGACCGGGAUGGGUACAGACUGGCGGCUGAAUGA